UCUAUCAAAAGGCGACCGCUUCCGCUUCGUGCCCGUUUCCUCCGCCGUCUGUCCUUAUAAACCUCAUUUCAACUUCUCUUCCCCUCCAGCCCGUACAACAGCCCCCAUCUUUAACGAUCUCUCCCCUCUUUCAUCCCCUUCCGGUCCUUCUCUCUCUGACUCUCUCCCUGAGCGCGCGCGCGCGGAAUCUAGGCUUUUUCUGAAACGCAAUGGCGAUCGUUUCGAGCCAUUCAAAACCCUAAAAUAUCUUCAAGGUCACACUACCUUCUCGAGUCGCCGUUUGAUCGUCGCCGGCAAUAUGGACGGAGCCACUGGCGGCGGCAGCAGUGCUUCGAACAGCGGCCCUCCGCAGCCGACUCCGGUUUCAAGCACGAACGCUCCGCCGCCGUUCCUCAGCAAGACCUAUGACAUGGUCGAUGAUCCUGCCACCGACGCAGUCGUCUCGUGGAGCCCUAACAACAACAGCUUUGUUGUUUGGAACCCUCCUGAGUUCGCCAGGGACCUCUUGCCCAAGUACUUCAAGCACAACAACUUCUCAAGCUUCGUUAGACAGCUCAACACUUAUGGCUUCAGGAAGGUUGAUCCUGACCGCUGGGAAUUCGCUAAUGAGGGAUUUUUAAGGGGUCAAAAACACCUGCUUAAGAGCAUUAGUCGGCGAAAACCUGCACAUGGUAGUAGUCAUCAACAGCCACAGCAAGCACAUGGAAAUGGCUCAUCAGUGGGGGCGUGUGUAGAGUUGGGGAAAUUUGGGCUUGAGGAAGAGGUUGAGAGGCUUAAAAGAGACAAGAAUGUGCUGAUGCAGGAACUUGUCAGGUUGAGGCAGCAGCAACAGGCAACUGAUAACCAGUUGCAAACCAUGGUGCAGCGCCUUCAGGGAAUGGAACAGAGGCAGCAGCAGAUGAUGUCAUUCCUGGCAAAAGCUGUGCAAAGCCCUGGCUUUUUGGCACAGUUUGUACAGCAGCAAAAUGAGAGCAAUAGGCGAAUAACGGAAGCCAACAAAAAGCGAAGGCUCAAGCAGGAAGAUAUUUCCGAGAGCGAGCAAGCUGCUCCUGAUGGGCAGAUCGUUAAGUAUCAGCCUCCAAUGAAUGAGGCAGCCAAAGCAAUGCUCAGAAAGAUUAUGGAAAUGGAUUCUUCCUCUCGGCUGGAAGCUUUUAAGAAUAAGUCUGACAGCUUCAUUGUUGGUGAUGUUUCAUCAUCAACCAAUGCAGUUGACAGUGGGAGCUCUUCUUCCUGUUUAUCAGGAGCGACUCUUCAAGAAGUUCCGCCUACUUCUGUACAGUCUUGUUUGCCUGCUGCUUCAGGGAUUGCAGCGCAUGCCCCCUCAAGUGCAAUAUCUGAAAUUCAAUCCCACCUUGUUGGUGCAAAUUCUGAAGUAGGAACAACAGCUCAAUUUCAAGAUAUUAGUGCCCUGCUCAGGCCACAAGAAGCACCAUCUGUUGCUCUUCCUGUGUCGGACAUAAUUAUGCCUGAGCCCCCACAAAUGCCAGGGAUGGUGCCCAGAAGUAUUGUUGAUUUUCCUGCAGAAAAUUACUUGGAACCUGAUGUAGGGAAUGGCGAAUUUAUGGAUCCUGCUUUUUUUGGAGUGGAUGGAUCAAUACCUAUAGAUAUUGACACUCUCUCCCCUGAUCCUGACAUUGAUGCCCUGUUAGAUGGGAAUCCUAGCUUUUGGGAAGAGCUUUUUGUGCAGAGCCCACCACUUGGCGACAUUGAGGAGAUUGGAUCAACUUCACUUGAAGGUCUUAAUAAGGGGAAUGAAGUGCAGUCAAGGGAGAAUGGAUGGGACAAAGAUGAACAUAUGGAUCAGCUUACGGAACAGAUGGGACAUCUUAGAUCUGAUAACAAAGGGGUUUGAUAGUAUUUACCAAUUGUACAUUUUCUUUUACGCCAUCUGAGGUAAAUUCUGAAAAUUAAUCAGUAGUCUAUAAUUAUCUUGGCCCACUUAUCUGGGCAACAGGAAGAGCAGCUCAUUCCCUGUGUCAUUACUUCUCUUUUUGUUGUUAACUUUUUGUACCCUUGAAUCCUGGCUUUUGUUUUGCUCCAAUGGUGACCCCCCCCCCCACCCCGGUUUUUUAAUCUUUUAUUGAUUUUUCUUCUUCCAUCUUUCUUGUGCAAAGUCAAAUAAACUCAACUGGUAUAGUGGUGUGCUUUGCCACCAAAGAAAAUGGUAAAAGAAAAAAAAAAAAAAAAAAGAUAACAAAAAAAGCCAAAGGCAACAAAAGAACUGAUGUUGCUGAUUGUUUUUGUAGAGGUUUUACAGCAUGGUCAUUUGCGGUUCCUCUUCAAGCAUUGGGCUAGAAGUUCUUUGUGAAUAACUUUUCCAGUCUUUGUUGCUUUCUGAGCCACUUCGUAAAUGGAUAUGAUCCAUUUGAUGUUUUAGCAUCCUCUUCGAAUCUAAUGCUGUAAUUAGCAAUAAUCAAACUUGGAUUGUUUAGUUUGCCAACUAUGAUCUCCACCAAGUUUGAUUCCAAUUUUUUUAAGGGUAUUCUUAUGCCCCAUGAAUGUUAGUACAUAUUCUAUGUAGCUAGCGAGCAAUUGAACAAUCGAAUUUGUUGUGCUAUAUAGUGACGCCAUAUUAUCAUAUGAUCAUAACAAAAAAAUAGGGAUAUAGGGUGGCAUUGGUUGAUUUUCAAGUGUUUUUUUCUUCCCAUUAUUUACUUGUUCGACAUUUGAUUGGUAACCUAGAUUGAAGAGCUGCAUGAAUUUCAGUUCAAUCUUGAUCUUAAAUGUUCUCCCAGGUUAUUUUUUCUUGUUUUAUGUUAAGUCUUUUCUGCAUUCUCCUAACGGUAGAAAAAGUCUGCUUCCUGCUCCACCUACCAAGUAGGAUGUAUCAUGUAAGACCAAAUGUGGAAAAGUGGCAUGGGCACAAGGGUGGUCGUGCUGGACAAGAAGUGGUAGCAUGCAGUUGAGAAGUCUACAGGUGAGCCCAAGAUGCAGUUCAACAAGCAGGCAUUAGAUUGUGCUGGCAGAUGGGUCGCCAUAGGUCAGCAUCUAGUUGCAAAAAGGCGUUCAACAGGAACUGGUAGGUCACUGUCUCAUGGAGGAAAAUAAUGGCCUGAAGGUUAUGGUUCACUAGGGGUGCUUGAGUUUGGGUCCUAUCUGAUUGAACCCGACUUGGUUAAAUUACCGUUGUAUGUAUUAGACUAGAGAGAUACGAUGAUAAUUAUUCAUCCUGCACACAAUUUUUCUUUUUCCCCCUGUAAUGAAGGAUGGGAUGCGAACACCAGUGAUUUUUAGGAGCUUCUCCUCAUCAUCCCGUUCUAACAUUUGUUCCAACCCAUGAAAUAAAUGAACAUAGGGAGCCUAUGCUAUUGGGGCUGUCGGUUUGGUUUCUGCA